AUGUCGAAAACAAAGUAUGUUGGAAAAUUAUGGAACGCUCGUAGUUCAAAAAGUCGACGUCAUAGUUUUCUCGAUGGUCUCGCUUUAUUACUUAAUGGUUCAAAUAAAUGUACAUCAGUUUAUCCAUUGUUGAAAGAAAAAAAAAUAUUAAUAACACGUAAUAAACCAUUAAAACAUUAUGAUAAAAUCUAUUUUGAUGAAUUUUGUCGUUUAAUAAAAGAAUAUUCACAACAUUGUUUAACAUCAAAUGAACAUGAUAUGAACAAAAUCUAUUUAUUAUUAGAAUCUAUUAUAUUUGAAUAUAACAAGAAUAGAUGUAUUAAACGUAUAACUGAUGAUUUAUUUGAUGAUGUUGUUUCAAAUCUUAAAAAAUUAUCAAAUGUUGAUGUUGAUAAUUUAUCUCAAGAAAUUACUUGUGAUAAAUUGAAAAAAGGUUCAACAGAUUAUUAUCAUGUAAAAGAGAAGAAUCGGUCUUUAAAAGAAUAUAUUUUAAAAUUAUUUAAUUGGAUCAAUUAUAUUACUUCAAAUCGACAUGCUAUCAAAAACAAUAAAAACAAUGUUGAACCAGAAAUUAUUUUGAAAUUUCAAGUAAUUGGUGAAUUCUUAUAUAAUUGUGAAAUAUUUCGUUCUAUACUAUCAAAAGCAGAUUCAAUCAAUAAUGUUUCAAUCAAUAAUGAUUCAAUCAAAUAUGACUCAAUCAAUAAUGAUUCAUUCAGUAAUGAUUCAAUCAGUAAUAAUGCUGAACGUAUUCUAUAUUAUUUAGAUAGAGUAUCGGCACAUCAUCGAUCAUUGAAUUCAAUAUUAAACACUUUAGAAAAAAAUAAAUCUGAAUAUGGUGAAAUAUAUAAAAAUAUUGAUUGGCACUUUAUUAAACCAAUUAAAGAAAUCAUUAGAUUAAAGACAAUACCAUCAUCUUCAUUUGAUAAAAUUUUGUUAGCAUGUGGUUUAGCAGAUAAUGAAACAAAAAAAGAAUUUCAAGAUAAAUUUAUUCAAAAUAAAUUUAAUUCAUAUGAUUCAAAUUUAAAAUUAUCAACAUGUUUACAUAGUGAAAUUCGAAUGAUAGAUUAUUUAAUUGAACAAAAUAUAAAAGAAGUUCAUGAUAAAGAUGUAGAAAUUGGAAUAUCGAAAUUACCAUGUUAUUUAUGUUCAUUGUAUAUUGAGAAAUUAAAUAUUGAUUUCAAUCG